UGCCGAGUUGCCAUCUUACCUUCUCACUUUACCUCUUCAACCGCGUCGUGGGAUGGGAUGGGAAAGAUGACGAUAUCUCAGCAUGGCUCAUCUUCGUCGCAGCAAGGUCCUCCCCUCGUCUCGCAAGACGCUCAGGAGGUGCAUCGCUACGCCUCGCAAGCCCUUGACCUCAUAACCCGUUGGGUAGACAAAGGCGCGACCGACCCAGAUGAGCCCACGUCACGAUGGCCAGACAGCGCUUCGCUCCGCAAGUCACGGCGUAGCAAUGGUCACAAGGCCCGCUUCUCGCUCGGCGACGCAGGCGUCAGUCAAGACGAGACGGUCGCCUUUCUCUCCCAGACUUUGACGGACAGCGUCCACCCUUGGACACGCCGUUUCCUGGACAAGCUCUACGCCAAGCCCACGACCCUCGCCCCCGCAAUUGAGAUGAUCCUCGGCGCUCUCAAUCCCUCGACAGUCAUCUCAUCUGCGGCACCUGCGCUUUGCUUGGCGGAGGAGGAGUGCGUAGAGGCCCUCGCCCGCCUCAUGGGCUGGGACGUAGGACUGGCCGACGGGCUCACCAUGCCUGGCGGGUCAGCAAGUAACAUCCUGGCUGUGCAGACUGCGCUCGGGAAUGCGUUUCCCUCUUUCAAGCAGGGAGGCGUGCUAGGGGUGGUCGAGGAUCUGGCGGGCAAGGGAAGACGCGGCAAGGCCUGUCGCCCGCUGUUGGUCACGUCGGCGCAGAGCCAUUAUUCGAUGGAGAAGGCGGCGCUUGCGUGUGGGCUUGGCUUGGAGAGUGUCGUCAAGGUCAGGUGCGAUGCGACGGGACGCAUGGAUGUGGUUGAGCUGCAAAGGGUGCUGCAAGAAGCGUAUGAGAAUACGGAGGGGAGCCCCGAUCGUACAGCGGGCUGGCCAUUCUUCAUCGGCGCAACGGCGGGCACGACCGUACUCGGUGCAUUCGACGAUCUCGCAGGCAUCGCUUCGGUCGUCCGCAGCUUGCAAACACACCACGCUGGCGCCCAGCCCUGGCUGCACGUGGACGGCUCGUGGGGUGGUCCGGUCCUCUUCUCCUCACACUCCCGCCGCCUCAUGGCCGGCGUAGAGCACGCAGAUUCCGUAACAAUCAACCCGCACAAGGCUCUCAAUGUCACACAGCAAUGCUCUUUCGCCCUUUUUCGUCACGGCACUACCCUUGCGGCAAAUGUGACCGGGGCCAAGUACCUCUUCCAUGGGACCGGCACUGGGAUGGAGAGGGAGGCUCUGCGCCGUAAUCCGGGAUCGAAGACGAUGGGAUGUGGGAGACGAGCUGAUGCUUUCAAGUUCUACGUCGCUUGGCUUCACACGGGCGCGAGUGGAUUUGGUGGGCAUAUCGACCAGGGAGUGGCAAUGGCGCGACGGGUGGCGGAUCUGUUGGAGACGGGCAAGUACAAGGAGACGCUGCAGCUCGCUGAAGCCAUGCCGAGCAGAGAAGAUCUCUUCUUCAAUGUGUGCUUUAGGCCGCGCAUGGGAGAAGACGUGAGGACAGCCAUCACCAGAAGCGCGGCAGCGCAGACAGGAGGAGGCGAAUCGGCAAAUGGCAGUACCGCCGACCUGAUUGAAACAGCCUGCUCACGCCUGGCGUCACGCGCUACGGUCCAUGUUCAUGCAGCCAUCUCACGAUCGGGCCGCUUCUCCAUCGAUCGAGCACCCCUUUCACCGCCGCAUGGCCGAGGCUAUUACACGCGCCUCAUCUCGCAUCCCGACACGCCAUUCGAGGUGUUUGAGACCAUCGUGGGUGAGAUCGCAAGGGUGGGCCAGGCCUUCUUCAAGGAGGAAGUGGUGAGCGUGCUCGAGUCAGGAAGGAGUUUGAGGGACCUUUUGAGGGAGGAGGACGAUUGAGUUAGAAGAGGUCGACUGCGCCGCAGUGCUGACAUGGCACGCGCAUAGAUGGCACGCAACUACCAUAGAAGAAGAUGGAUGUACUUUAAUCAUACGGGCUCGCGAAGCUCCAUCAGCAUUGAUACACAUGCGCAACUCGAGCAUCACCCAACUCUGCCCAUUCUCGAG